AUGCGCUGUUUGUGGAGAAAGCUAUCUAGAGCUGCUGUCGCCGCUAUGGGUAUAGCGCUGUGUUGAGAGAAAAAAAUACACCAAUUAUUCGUUUGGAAAGGAUAAAAAGUUAAUUCUUUACAGUGUUGCCAUAAAACAAAGGCAAGGGGAGCGACAAAGACGUAAUAUAUGUGGUUUGUCCCAGGUAGAAGAGGGAUGGAAAGGAUGGGUUGUGCAGAAAAUGUCGCCAAGCAUGCUGUGAUAACCUAAUCAACCUUCAUAUCGCAUUCUUCCGGGCACCUCUGUCCCCUGCUUUGUGAGAAACACUCUAUGGUGACCUUGCCCAUUAUGGAAUGACAUGCAUGCCAUCCUCAAAACAUUUGAAAGGCUAAGCGGUGAUAUUUAAAGGGGCGUCAGCACUUCCGCCCGAGGGCCUACGCCGGCGAUGGCUCAGGUCCCGUCCCCGCCUCCUCCGGGGGAGACGUCCAGCGGAGCUGUGGCAGAGAGCUGGUGCUACACACAGGUUAAAGUGGUGAAGUUCUCGUACAUGUGGACCAUAAACAACUUCAGUUUCUGCCGAGAGGAGAUGGGGGAGGUGCUGAAGAGCUCGACCUUCUCGUCGGGUCCGAACGACAAGAUGAAGUGGUGUCUGCGUGUGAACCCAAAGGGACUGGAUGACGAAAGCAAAGACUAUCUCUCCUUGUAUUUACUACUUGUUAGCUGUCCAAAAAGUGAAGUCAGAGCAAAGUUCAAGUUUUCUUUAUUGAACGCAAAACGAGAAGAAACUAAAGCUAUGGAAAGCCAAAGAGCAUACCGAUUUGUCCAAGGAAAGGACUGGGGCUUCAAAAAGUUUAUUCGGAGGGACUUUUUGCUUGACGAGGCGAACGGACUCUUACCGGAUGACAAGCUCACACUGUUCUGUGAGGUGAGCGUUGUGCAGGACUCUGUGAACAUCUCUGGCCAGUCCAACAUGAACAUGCUGAAGGUUCCGGAAUGCCAGCUGUCGGACGACCUGGGGAACCUGUGGGAGUGCUCCAGGUUCACCGACUGCAGCCUCUACGUCGGGGGGCAGGAGUUCAAAGCCCACAAAUCCAUAUUAGCAGCCAGAUCACCAGUUUUUAAUGCCAUGUUUGAACAUGAAAUGGAAGAAAGUAAAAAGAACAGAGUAGAUAUCAGCGACGUCGACCCGGACGUUUUCAAGGAACUGAUGGGCUUCAUCUACACGGGGAAAGCGCCGAAUCUGGAGAAAAUGGCCGACAACCUGUUGGCCGCCGCCGACAAAUACGCGCUGGAGCGCUUAAAGGUCAUGUGCGAGGAGGCUCUGUGCAGCAGCCUCUCGGUGGAGAACGUGGCGGACAUCCUCAUCCUGGCCGACUUGCACAGCGCCGAGCAGCUCAAAGCACAAGCCAUAGAUUUUAUCAACAGGUGCAGCGUCCUCAGACAGCUGGGCUGCAAAGACGGAAAAAACUGGAAUAACAAUCACGCAGCGGACAUAAUGGAGACGGCGGGCUGGAAGUCCAUGAUCCAGUCCCACCCCCACUUAGUGGCGGAGGCCUUCCGCGCCCUGGCGUCGGCGCAGUGCCCCCCCUUCGGCCUCCCCAGGAAGCGCCUAAAACAGUCCUGACUCGCCCUGGUCCUUUAAAAAAAAAAAAAACAAAAAAAAAAAAAAACACAAACUUUCACAGGAGAAAACACAAAAAGGAGUCUGCUGGCAUUUCUGCUCCCCGCCCUGCCCCGAACCCCGAACCCCAAAUUGAGCUAUGGAACUAAUUCUGGUCUAGAGCGGUUGUUGCUGCUUCUUGGGCAGGAGCAGGAGGGGUGGGUGGGGGGCGGGGGGGGGGACGCUAGGCGACUACUCGACGGCGUCCCGCAUCGCUUCUUCAACAGACGGGAGUUUGCUUUUGGUCUUUCAGCUUUAUUUACAAUCUUUUCUGUGAUUUCAAAAAGGCCUUAAACUGUCCGCCAUUGCUCCAGAGUUUAUAUUGUUACUUCCGUAUUUAACUGUGUGCCUGUCUUAAGAGACCAGACCUCCGGAUUGCACUAGUUCCCAUAAUGCAGCAGUUUUGAUAUGGAGUUCUAUAGGAAUGUUUCGAUAUGUGUUUGAUUAAUGGGAAAUAUUGUGUGUCGUUAAUGUUUAGCUCCUUUUGUGACUAGACAUUAAAAAAGUGUGAACAUUUUGAGUGCAAGGUCAUUUCUCUUUACUCUUUUUAAAUGACAGAUAUGCCCCAUAUUGAUGGCAACAUUUUCAUGGAAAGACACAAGUUUACCAUCUUCAAAAGACCACUGUAAAAGUAAAUUAGACCUGCAAGGUGAAAAUACUUGUGUAACUUGGUAUGCUUUUUGAGAAUUAUUUUGUAUGUCUUAUACAGAUGAUGGAACGCAUAUGUCUAUAUACUGCACCUUCUUAACCAUUGGAUAAAUAUGAAUAUGUUUACUAUUGUCUGUGUACAGCAAACAUCUGUUACACAUGCGUUAACUUUAUUUUUCCACUUAUUUCCACCAUACAGAUUAUUCAUUUCUGUCGUGAUCAGCUUUCCACAUUUUUUUCUAUCAAGUGGCGAAGCUCUGAAUGUUCAAAUAUAUAUUCUGUGGUUAAAGAAAACAAAGGUUUUGGAAUCAGUGGUUAAACAUAAAUGCAUGGCUCUGUUUUGUGGAAAAAGUAUUGGUACUCUUUUUCCUACAGUGAUAUUCAUAUACUUGUAAGAAUUCAGUUGAGUGGAGUUAAUUUAAUCCAUGUGCAAUUGAUAAUAACCACACAACACUUUCGGCAGUUGCCGAUUGUUCGAAUGCCAGUGCUGUCAUCCUUAUGUGCUGUGUGUAACAGUGUUUUAACUCUUAUAACAAGAAGUGAUCUUACUGGAGCCUUAAAAUAUACAUUUUCUCAACAUACUUUGUGCUCUUGUAUGUUGCAGAUGGUCUACCAUAUUUCAGAGAUGUAGUAGAAUUUUGAAAAUUAACAUUCAUUUCAGGAUCAGAAAAUGGUCCCUUUCGUAAUUUGCAACUUUUGUCGGUUGCGUACAGCACGUAUGCAUAAACCAACCCGAAACAUUUAGGUCUUUGGUGGGAAAACCUGCCAUUAGUGUGUAUAAACAACUUUUUUUUUUAUUUUCUCCCAGCCUGACAGUGAAGUAAAGCUUGAGCUAUAUGUGACUGAAGUACAUGGUUUCCCUAUAGAAGAGUUGCCAAAAUGCAAAGUCACACCGUCUUGGCAUUUACGGGAAUAAGUCAGUCAUUAGCAUUAAGUAGAAACAUGUCGAUCUUAUCUUCUGAAACUUGAUCAUGUCUAAAAUCUGAGAAGGCACAUUUUACACAGUCGUCUUCAGAUGGAAUUUUGCCCUUGAUAAACAUGGUAUUAAAUAUAAAAUUGUGUUUAAAAAAAGAAGUUGUGGUAAACAGUGUUCUUUGCACAGAAAAUAAAAGUGUACUAUUUUAAUAUUGCUGACCCAUUAAUAGAAUAGGCUUUCAAAAAUAACCGUGCUUAUUAUUUUUUUUAAUCAUUAAGAUGUAUUUAGAGUAUGUAAUUAUAUAAAAAUAAAAUUCUGUAAAUGUAA